AUGGGAUCAGACGACAUUGUUCUUCUAGAGGAAGGGGACCCCAAUUCGGGGUUUCGCACGCAAAACUUGCCUGGCGAUAAAGCCCGGUCUGUCUUGAUCGACGAAGGCAAAGCUUUGAUUUUAAAAGCCACCCUUGUCAGCGUUACACAUGGGUCUUACACUGAAGAUGGUGACCCCGCAACCCUUCUGGUCUUCGAAUUCACCUUUAUCAGUGUCGAGCGCGCACGGCGGUUCAGCAGCGCUACCAUUACGCUGACAUUUGACGAUGCUAGCGAGAACCUGAGAAACCGACCCGAGGUCGUUGCGAUUUCGCCGUCUGGUCAAUUUGCAAUCAACAAGACCACGUCGUCAAGAGACCUGAAGCAAUCUGUCAAUGCUGGCUUGAAUGGAACGGUCCUUGGAGUCGGCGGCGAGGUCGGAUAUACGUGGGAAACGUCCAAAGUCGAGGAAAAAUCCCACGCAACCACUUUAAUUGGAUUGAAGCGUGUCGUUGGCGGUUGGGGCAAAGACAAUCGCGUCAUUUUCAAGCUGGAUGAAGAUGAAAUCACAAAGGAGGGAAUCCCGAGUUUUUUGCGUACAGCGGUACUAUUGAAACGCCGAGACGAUGUGCCCUUCCGCUUCACUAUCGAAGUAGACACUGGCGUUGACUUUGGGAGCAAGAUAAGGAGGCUAUUUGGGCGCAAGAACCCAGAUGCAAUUGACCCAGUAGAAUUGGAUGACGAGACAGAUUUGGAGGAAUUGGGCAUCACCACCCUCGACCCCAACAAGGUCGAUUUGGAUAACAUGCGAGAUCUCAAUAUCAAGGAACAGGCUGACGUGAUCAUCGCGACACUUAUCCAGGUUCCGGCUUGA